AUGUCCUCUUCUUCUGUGCAGAGUUUUGCAGAGAAAAGGAGGUGGAGGGAGGGAGAAUUGAGAAGAGAAGAAGAAUCGUGGAACCCGCCAGCCUAUGGAGGACUAACUGAUUGGGGCAAAAUGCUGCCUUUGUCGUCGGCAUCCAAAACAAGGGCAGCAGGUAGGGCAGGUAAGACACGGGAGCACGUUGUGAUCCGGUACUCCAUGAUGUACGAGAACUUUUCUGGUGACUGCGAUAUGAUCGUGGGACCCACUUCGACUUCGAUGCCAAUGUCUAGUGAUUCAUCCAGCAAGAUAUGGCCGUGGCCAAAGAGGCCGGGCCAUUGCUCUAUGUUUUCGAACCUAAAUGCUAAAGAAAAAUCUGCUCCUUUGAAUUCCCGAACCAUUCACAUUUGUUUUCGAACAGAUGCGUGUGAAUGCGCGAGGGCAGCUUUACCAUUUCAUCAGCCUUCCACGGAGCGCUCGAUAGAGGAUGAGAGAUUGAUUAAGGGCCUAAGCAUGACGGGAGAAUCGCGUGAUGCGAUGCUUCCAUCCAUGAGAGUCAUCGCAAUUGAACUCCCUGUUGGAGACAAUGAACUUGUGGAGGAUGCAUGA